UGCACAAUGAAGGGCGUGGUGGCAGUUUAUCAACAACAAUAACAAAGUUUUGUAUAAAAGAAGAGGUACGUGUAACUGGGACUCAGACAAAAUUUAGAGAUGGCUUCAAAGAUGGAAUCAAGCACAGAGGCUAAAGUAGCCAACGUUACACUUAAACAUGCUUCAACUAACCAGGAGAUCUCUUGUGAGCUUGACAUCAACCCCAAGGAUGUGCUGGAGAGUGAUGUGGACGGUCAAGUACUUCAAGACGCCAGUUUCGAGUUUGUUAGGGAGGGUAUUGAAGCAGAUCCCGACCUAACCGAAAAACAGAAGUGCAAACUUCGUUUUUUACCCGAAGAUGAAAGCAGUUCUUCAAGCUCAGAAGAAGAGGCUAGUCCGGGAACACCACCGGUUAGGCCUGUCGUUGCAAUCGCAGGUAUUCUGAAGGACUAUGCCAAAGAAGUUGAAGUGAAAGUGAAGAAUGACCCAGUAAUUGAAAAAGAAACUGGGAAGAUCAUCUCCGAGUGUUUUAAGAAGCAGGGAUCAGAUGAAACGGACUCCGGACCCGAGGGAAGGGUCACCUUUGACCUAAAUUCCUUGUGGACGCACAUUAGGGAGGUGUUUCAGCUGCUCCUGGCUGACUCAUCCCAUCCUGACGCGAGUGUGAUCACCGUGCUCACUCAAUUGGGGGCGGGGCUAGGAUACUGUUUCUACCUCAUCAAGCGUAUUGCCAUCGAGUAUAUCGAGACGCUGACCUUUAAGGAGGUUGUGUACAUCAUCUGCAAAGUGCUCAGCCAGCUGUUUCGACAUCUCAUGCAAAUCCAGUUUGGUAGCCUUCUGAAGAAAAUCGGUGGAUGGAACUCUAUUCUGACGACUGCUGUGGUGGACCAAGGAACACAGAUGAUUGUCGAGCGAGCCACACGAUACAUCCCAUAUGAGUACCUUCUCCUGGGAAUGGGGAUAGUGUCCUUUCUCGGAUUUGGCUACCUCAAGUUCAUCAGAAAAUGAGCAACUUUGUUAUUACCCCAUGCAAACUCUUAUAAUAAGACUGCUGUUCCACACAUACUCUGUACACUGUACUUCGAUCACUAUUUAAUUUAUUUAUUAAUGCACAUGGACAUACGUAUGUAAACAAUAAUUUAUUGUCAAAAAUUAAUGUGUUCAAAUGGAAGUUUAAGAUAUAAAACAUUUUUUUAAA